GAUAUGAAGUCAAAAAUCAAUAAACCCACUUGCUGUUCUGACUUAGUAUGUUUCUUCGCAAUUUGAUUUUUUGCAGAUCUUUUUCAAAUAAGGGACAAUUUGAGUAAAUACUCCUUGUUAAUGCACAAGAGUAAUUCAGUUUCUACGGCUCUACAUGUCGCUACCCUAAAAUCAUCAUCAGCAUCAUCACAGCUGGAGCCUCCGGAAAAUCUCGAUUCGCUGGAAAAGUGGGUGCCGAGAUGUCACGAAUUUUCUGAGCAACCAUGGCAGUCGUUCGUAGUAACUCUGCACAGAAAUUAUUUGUGUUCAGAUAAGAGACGCAGUGAAUCUUGAAUGACAUCCGCGCCCAACAGAUUUUUACAGGAUGGUUUUCUCAGGCUCAGAUUUCAUAUGGCAUGCUUCUUAAACAAAAAAACGUUAAAUGAUAAGCCUGUCUCUAUAAAUAUUAAAAAACAGCAUCCUACUUGAAAAGCCCAUAAUCCUUCAUGAGAGAUAAAAAGCAUUAAAAGUGUGUGCUUUUGGACAAAGACUUUUAAAAUGGUAAACUACAAAUUACUUGAAAAACGAUGCUUCUGAAACUGUCAGACGCUUCAUCAGAUAUUAUAGUUGCUACUUGCAAACUCUGCAGAAGUUCAAAUAAACUGGUUAAAGGUUUUAUGCCAUGUGAGCGUGUUGGGGAAAGCUCCAACAAAUCAAUUCUAAUAUGGGGAGUGCCUCUUCGAAAUUCAAAAAGUACCUUCAGCAUGGGGACGAGUACGCCGCCAUGCAGGUAUUCCAAAGCUCUCCUGAGCUGAGAAAGCACCUCGACCCCAACCUCAGCUAUGGGGACAAUCACCAUCACAACACCGCACUUCAUUACGCUUCAAAACAUGGAAUGAAACAUUUGCUUCGAACUUUCCUAAACGACCUUGGAGGCAACCCAAAUAAGAAGAAUAGCAGCAAUGAGACGUCCCUUCACAUGGCCUGCAACCUUGCCCAGCAAAAGUCUCUCUCGGCGCAGGAGAGACGUGCUGCCUGUGUUACCCUAUUGCUGCAGUGGCGCGGAGUGCCGCUUUCCACAGGCGAAAAAGAAAAGGUUUCACUUGAAGCUGUUGACUACCGCGGUAACACUGCCCUCCACUGUGCUGCGCAAUCAGGACUGCAAAGAUGUGUAGAACACUUAGUAGCUGCCAAUGCACCUCUGUUCAUUGAAAAUAUCGACAAACUGACUCCCUGUGAUCUAGCAAUGCAAUUUGGACAUCAUGAAAUAGCUCAGUUUUUAGAAACCAAAAUGGUUUUCGUGGAUAAUAAUGACAUUUUAAAUGAAGAUGAGGUGUUGAGAUGCGGCACUUCUGAAGGCAAUGCCGAAAAUAAGGACCAAAAUAUGGAGGAAAAUGACGAGGAUGACGAGGUUUACACUGGUCUGAGGACGCAGGAUCUCCAAGAGGCAAAGGACCAGCUCUUAGUAGAGACUGCAGACAUGCUGCACAUUCCGCUCUUCACCGCAGAGGCACUGCUCAGGGACAAUGAGUGGUCUAGAGAAGCGCUUUUAGAAAAGUGGAUGAAAGACCCAGUGCUUUGCUGCCAAUUAGCGGGCGUACAGCCACCCCCGUCUGCACUGGAGCACUCUAGUCUGCUCCCUGCAGCAGAUGAAACUGCGCUAGGAUCACCCCCGGUCGUUCCAUCUCCAAUCAAAAAGAGGGAAAGGAUGCCAUUACCAUCAGAAGCUGAGUUUGUGUGCGAGAUUUGCACCUGCCCAAUGCCUCUUUGGGACGAACCAAUACAAAUGAGCUGCGAGCACCAAUUCUGCUUCUCUUGCUGGAAUAGAUAUUUAUCGAUGAAGAUUCAAGAAGGCGAUGCUCACCACAUUUUCUGCCCUGCUUUUAACUGUCACAUUUUAGUCCCAGUUGACAUAAUUGAGCACGUUGUCAGCGCGGAAAUGGCGAGAAGAUAUCUGCAAUUCGACAUCAAGGCUUUUGUGGAAACAAAUCGCAGCAUUAAAUGGUGUCCAUUGCCUGGUUGUGGUAGAGCUGUAAGAUUACCACCAGAAUCUCACGACAUUUCGCAACACCUUAGCACUUCUCACGCUGUUGAUUGUGGGAAUGGGCACUUCUUCUGCUGGGAGUGCUUGGGAGAAGCUCAUGCUCCCUGCGGCUGUGAACAAUGGAAGGAAUGGCAGAAGAAGAUUUCAGACAUAAAAUUAGAAGAGCUUAAGACAUCGUGUGCAGGAAGCGAGGAAGCUGCCAAUUGCUUAUGGCUGGUCACAAACUCAAAGCCUUGCCCCCACUGCAAGUCCCCCAUCCAAAAAAAUGAAGGUUGUAAUCACAUGAAGUGUUCAAAAUGUAAAUUUGAUUUCUGCUGGGUCUGCUUAGAAGCUUGGAAGAAACACAGUUCCGCCACAGGUGGAUAUUUUAGGUGCAAUAGAUUCGAAAUUGUCAGUCGCCUAGAUGAAAAGCAAGGCACCGUGCUCAAUGAGGCUGCUCAACGUAAUAAACAGCUGCAGGAGCUCACUCGAUUCCUGCAUUACUAUACCAGAUUUCGAAACCACGAAAAUUCCCAAAGAUUAGAAUUGCCGUUGCUCAGCGCCGUUCAACACAAAAUGCAGCUCUUGGCUGCGUCCUUACACAAAGCUCAAAACCCCAAGCCAGUAUUUUUUUCAGAUUCUGGCUACUCGUUAAAAUCACCCCGACUGCAAAAGGACACAAAAUUUAUAGAAGAAGCUGUCCGAGAGCUACUGAAGGCCAGAAGAGUUCUGUGCGGAUCCUACGUAUAUGGCUACUACUUGCUCGACAAUGGCUCCAACAAAACCAUGUUUGAGCUGAUGCAGAACGAGUUGGAGGAAGUAACAGAAAAACUGUCGGAACAAGUGGCUCGACCCUAUCUGAGAACACCACGCGCUGUUAUUAUGCAAACCACUGCACUGGCCAGAAAGAGAAGACACGAUUUCGUCAAAGCCAUUGAUAAGGGAUUGGCACCUCCAGAGACUCCACCUGAGCAGCGGAGGGACCAAAUGACUCAUUGUCAGGCAAUUGCUAAAACCUGGUUAAAAGAAGCCCCAGGAUCCAAUGUGCUGAAUUCUAUAUUUGAAUGGCCUCGAUUUGAAACUGAUCAAGAAGAGACUGCAGUUGAUUCAGUAGUCGAAAAGUGUGCACGGCCUAAUUGUGAUCGUCCGAGAGCCCGAAACCCUUGCACUGGUGCAACUUAUGAUUUCUGCAGUGUCAAUUGCAGCACAUCGACCCCAGGCUUGCAGCAUGAUGCUGAAAUCACGGCAGACGUAGAUCUUGUGAUAGCAUUAGAAAUGUCGCGCUUGCAAAUGAUAGAGGACCAAAUGAAAAAACAGCAGCGAGAAAUGCAAGAGGGCCUGGCAGGGACCAGUUCCGCACCGACUGUCAGCACUUCGUCUAAAGCUAGUCAGAAAUCUGAAGAUGAUUCACUGCUGAGGUUGGCUAUACAUCUCUCCCUUCAGGAGAACAAGUCCCAAAAAACCCCAGUCGUGUGUUCUGCAUGCGUUUCAAGCUUGCGAACCCCAUCUCCUCUGUCAAACGACAAUUCUAGUUCAGUCGACGUCACUGUGGAUUCAUUUCUUAAGAGCUUAGCUGCAUGCGACUUGGAAACGUUUGACGCUACCCUGCACCGGAGAUGGAAUGCCAAGCUUUUGGAGGACUCUGACUCCACCAUGAUAUGUUUCCAAAGUCACCACAGAACAGGGAUGGAGGAUGGGCGUUUUGAAAUAGGCGAAAUUCAUGAAAAUGGGGGUAGGUUCAUAGGUGAGGAAGAUGCUCAUUUGGCAAAAGUGAUGAGACGUUCUCACUCAACUGGGGAUUUGUGCACAAAGCCGACCACGAUCCCAACAUGCUCGUACUUUGACUCAGACCACAGCCACCACGAUGACAAGCCAGAGGAGCUAGCUCGUCGCAAUUUACGCCAGGCAGCUAGUGCAGAAGAUGACAGACCUUUGGACAGCAGCCCUUCCUGCAUAAUUAAUUUUGGUGGCCAGUCGUCAAUUGAAGACACUUCGGACUCGCUGAACGCCGACAUGGAGGUGUGCGGAAUCCUUGGGACCACUGACGACGACAGCAGCGAGCGGAAAGACGAGUCUGAAGAGCCUCUGCCCCCUCUCCCACCAAAGCCGAAGCAGGAUGUCUUUGUGCACAAAACAUCGACACUGAGAAUCCGCAUUUGCAAGUCUCCCAAGUUAGAAACCGACAGUUCUAACGAAUACGAGUCGGAAACAGGCAUUCCAAAGUCACCCACGCUGUUUAUAUCCGGUGUGUCCAUCAGCAGGACGCCGGAACCGAUGUCACCUGCCCUCGCGGCCCUCGCAGGCCGUCAGUCCCGCUCCUCGAGCCUCACUGUUCCGACUGCGAAUAUUUCUGCCUCUCCUGAUCCGAAUCAUUCUCCAAAAUCGCCACUUCUCGAGCCAAACUCACCUAGGGGUUCUCGAUCCUCCAGUUUAGUCGUGCCAUCAACCAACAUGCUGUCUUCGACGUCAACCUUGAGCGCAGGUUCGUCGGCACCAGCGUCGCCCACUUCACCUUCGUCCCCUAAACUCGCACAGUCGCCAAACGAAAACUCAAAUUCAUUACUGCACUCUCCUAAAGGAUCAAAGUCGGCUAGUGAACCUGAAAGAGAGAAAGAAAUGUUCAGAUUCCCAAAGUCAUCCACGGACGGCAAUUUGAGCUCGGUCUUACUUGUUCAAGAGAGCAACCUGAGUUCGGAUGAUUUCCAUGAAGCGCUAUUUCUGGAAAAGUCGCCUAAAUCCUCGAAAAGACGCAAAAAAUCAAAAAAGGACCGUAACAAAGAUCUAAGUGAUUCCUUGAAUGGAAAUUCUAAAUUAGGUACUUGUUUGUCUACCCCUAUAGCAGAAAGGAGGGCAGGUAAUGAAGCAAGCUCAAUUUUGUGAGACUUGCCGUGUGAUAAUGGUGAUAAGUUGAAAAGUGGUUCAGAAAUUUUUGAAGGAUGGACUGCGUUAAUUGGGUUGUUAAAUGGAGUUACUGUUUUUAUAUAAUAAGUAUUAAAAUAAUAGUAUUAAUGUUAACGCUACGUUCAUAACAUUAAAUUUGUCACUGAAUAUUGUGCGGCAGUAAAUUCGUAUCAUAAUUAUCUUAAAAAUUUCAAACUUAAAAUGGUCCGAGGUAAUACGUUUCAAAUAAAUAAUGUUUGCUGUCGCUGUCACUUCCUGGCAAGCAAGUUUUAUACACUGAUAAAUAUUUGACUGAUUUUUAAUCUAAUUUAGGUUCAAACUCGACAGAUUUCCCAGACCCAGUUUACUUCUCUGUGAUGUAUUCUGUAAUCAGCGGAUCAAUUUUAAAAAUAAUUUUGUUUAAAAGUGUGCAGAGGCAAAAUCUUUGGGUACCCCUCUUGAACGGCGAAUACAGUUAGUUCAAAGAGGCUCACUGCUGGGUUCCCUUGAAAUUUAUAUUAUAUAUAAUUAAUUUUGUCUCUUGUAACAUUUGAAGAGAUAUUUUAACUUACAAGAAUUUGAAGUUUUGUAACAUAAAACUAAAAUUUUGUAUGAAUUUUACUGGCAGAAAUUGAAAGUUUCAACGCUUUUAACACCUGACGCAUCAGAUUUAAUCAAACCAGUUAUGUAAAAUUGUAACUAAAUCAAUGGCCGAUUAAUGUUGGUUUGUAAAUGCAAGAAAAAGUCUUGCAAAAAAAUAAUAUAAAUAAUAGUUGUUGUGUUGCUGAAUAAAAGCAAAAUUUAACAGAAA